AUGCGCGUUGUGGUGGCGCGGAGGGCCCAUGGGCUCUCUAGCGGCUCGCUCACCCGCGGGGACUCCGCCACGCGCAGCAGCUGUCCCCCAGGGUACUACUUCCGCCCCGGCGCGGCAGCGGGUCGUCUGCGGUGGCACAUCUACCUGCCCGGGGGAGCGUGGUGCGUCACCCCCGCCGACUGCGCCGCCAGAGCCGGCACGCGCCUGGGAUCCAGCAAGAGCUUCCCCGCCAACCCCGCGCACUACGCGGCGCAGCUGAGGCCGCCGUUCGAGGGCAUUCUGUCGGGCAGCGCGCAGCAGAACCCGGCGCUGUACCAGUGGAACCUGGUGCGCCUCAUCUACUGCGACGGCGGUGGGUACGCCGGCACCAGGGGCGCCCUCAACGUCUCCCUCGCCUCCCCUGCUGCUGCCGCCCCUCGCAAUGCAAGCUCGGCUGCCAACUCCACGGGGUCAACCAAGUCAUCCGCGCCGUCCACGGCAGCCAUCUACCUGGACGGGUGGAACAUCAUUCAGGCGGUCAUUGCAGACCUCGUGCAGAAGCGCAAGAUGCGCUCAGCCUCACAGGUUCUGCUUUCGGGCAGCUCAGCGGGUGGGCAGGCGACAGUGAACCUUUGUGAUUGGUUGGCGUCGUCCUUCCCGUCCGCUUCCACGCGCUGCCUCGUUGACUCGGGCUUCUUCCUUGACACGCGUGACCGCGCAAUGAACUACACCUUUCGCUCGCUAGCUCAGAACCUCACCGCACUGCACCGCCCCUCCAACCCCACCUGCCCUUAUGCAGCGAGGCCGGCACAGCUGUGGCGGUGCUUCUUCCCGCAGUACACUCUCCACAACACAUGCACGCCACUCUUCCUCUUCCACACGCCCUUUGACUACGUAGCAGCCAUGAUCGGCAACCUGCUGCCUAGUAACAGCACCUACGCGAUCAGCUGCCUAAGGGAGAUGAUCAACAGCCAAAAGAAUCUCUCAAGCAUUGGCAAUCUGGAUGUUAUCAAGGGCCCAGGAAUAAGAGCAAGGGUUGCAUUUAGUGAGGGCAUGACAUGGCAUGCUAUGAAGACCUACGGUAAGGUAUGGGGGGGGGAUGAGAUGGGAAUGCACGAGGAUGAGGUGGAUAAGAAUGCAAGGGAGUGGGAUGAGUUAUCAUGA